UUGUGCUGGGAGUUUUGUUUUGUUUUUUUGGAUAGAGGCGGUCUGUGUGAGCUGCUGCUCGCCGGCGGAGAUGACCUGAAAAACGAAUGACGAUUAAGUGUCGCGCCGCUCCAACUUUCACGGGAAUAAACCCGAACGAAGACUCAAUAUGCGCCGACGGACAACUUUAUUUCACGAAUAGGUCAGCUGCUGGGAUAAAAUGUCAGUAUGGCAAAUGUUAAAGUUGCCAUUCGAGUCCGCCCUCUGAACGCAAGGGAGAGCGUGCAAGGAGCAAGGCUAGCUGUUCAGGUCCAGGAUAAGUUUGUGAGGAUCCGAAAUGUGAAGCUGGAUGGACGUGUAGAUGGAGCAGUAGAUUCCAGGGAGAAGCUUCUAGAGUUUUGCUUUGACUACUGCUACUGGUCGGUGGACCCUGCUGAUCCUCACUAUGCCUCACAAGAAGAGGUGUUCCAGGACCUGGGUGUGUCGGUGCUGGCCGGUGCUUCUGAAGGAUAUAAUGUGUGUCUAUUUGCUUACGGCCAAACCGGAUCUGGAAAGACGUACACCAUGAUGGGGACACCGGAUGCCAUUGGCUUGACUCCUCGGAUCUGUCAGGGUCUUUUUAGGUCUGUGGACAGUUUUUCUGAUGGGCCGAACACAAGCAGAGUGGAGAUCAGCUUCCUGGAGAUCUACAAUGAGCGAGUGCGAGACCUGCUGAGUGGAGUGGAGCAGAAGAAGAGAGCAUCCCUGCGGGUCAGAGAGCACCCUAACAAAGGACCCUACGUGCAGGACCUUUCACAGCACGUUGUCUCCGACUGCAAGCAGGCGAUGGACCUUUUGGAGGAAGGCAUCGCCAACCGCAUCACCGCGGCAACCCACAACCACGAUGCCAGCAGCAGAUCCCACGCCAUCUUUACCAUCCAGUACACACAGGCAAUACUAGAGAAUAACCUUCCUUCAGAAAUUGUUAGCAAGAUUAACCUGGUCGAUCUGGCUGGGAGUGAACGAGCAGACCCACAGUACUGCAGAGACAGACUGACAGAGGGCGGCAACAUCAACAAGUCUUUAGUCACUUUGGGCAUUGUCAUCUCUGCUCUUGCCCAGAACUCCCAGAUGUCCAGCAGUUGCCAGAGUAUCAACAGCAUGACCUCUGACGGUGAGGUCAGCGUGGUGGGCAGUCACACCAGCUCCCUGUCUGGAGGAGGAGGAGGAGGUGGGAGGAGACACUGCUUUAUCCCUUACAGAGACUCAGUCUUAACAUGGCUCCUGAAAGACAGCCUGGGUGGAAACUCAAAGACCAUCAUGAUUGCAACUGUGUCGCCCUCCGUUAGCUGUUACAAUGAGACCCUCAGCACCCUUCGCUAUGCUGCUCAUGCCAGAAAUAUUGUCAACAAGCCCCGUGUUAAUGAGGAUGCUAAUGUUCGGCUGAUCAGGGAACUAAGAGAGGAGAUAGACAGACUGAAGAGUAUGCUGCUCAGUUUCGAAAUGCAGCGUAAUCCCAGUCCAUCCCUGAGUGAUGAGAGAGAUGGAAAUCUUUCUGACAUUGUGCUACAGAAUGAACUAAAGGUGGAGCAGCUGACAAAGGACUGGUCAGAGAGCUGGAGAGACCAGAAGGAGCUACAGUGCAGCGUGGACAUCAACAGAGACCGGGCCGGCUUCCUCAUCAACUCCCUGCAACCGCAUUUGGUUAGCCUGGACAGAGACGUUUUCAGCACUGGGGUCGUCCUCUAUCACCUCAGGGAAGGCAUUACCCGCAUUGGACCUCAGGACCAGCUAGAAGAACCACAAAUAGUUCUGCAGGGCACUGCCAGCUGUGAGAUUGAAAAUCAAGAAGGUGUGGUAACGCUAAGGCCGGUACCAGGUUGUGUCUGCCUGCUGAAUGACAGGGAGGUCACUGAGCCUUGCCGACUAGCACAAGGGACUGUGAUCACCUUGGGAGGAGUGCACAAGUUCCGCUUCAACCAUCCUGCAGAGGCAGCAGUCCUACGGGAACGUCGACGGGCCAGUGAGAGUGGUAUGACCUGCAAGUAUAUUGACCUUUGUCCCUUGACCUCUGAGCACAGUACUGAAGAGUUAACGUUCAAAGGACAACCAGCUGCCUGCCUGUCUCCCAGUGAGGAGCCCACUGACAGGCAGCGAGUGAAGGAGCAGCAGCGUUACGUGGAGUGUUUGCGGCAGGAGAUACAAGCUGAACAGAGACAGGCCGAGAGGGAGCUGGAGAGGGAGCAGGCCCACCUCCGACAGCAGCAAAUAGAGAUCCAGCAGUGGAUUCUGCAGGAGGAACAGCGCUUGACUGUGACCCAAGAAUCUGGAGUUCAGACAGACUUUGUCCCUGCACCACUCCUCGAGCGCCUGACAGCUCAGGUGUCUGAGGGUAAGGAAGCUGUGACGGAGGAUGGCCCGUCACAAGCGGUGAGGGCCAGGAAGAAUACAGUGCAGGAGGAGUUACUGAAGCACCACGCACUUUGUCGUGCUGAGAGUCGCAUCCAUCGGAAAAGGCUCCACUACCAGUUGGAGAGAAUUGCUCGCAAACGUCAUCUGCUAGAAGCUAAGAGGGAACUGCAGCGACUGGAAAAGGAGCUACCUCCCGGAACAGACGGCCCAGAGUCUCCUGAGAUGGGAUUACCCUCAAGGCCCAGAGGAUGGCCGUUUGUUUCUCGGAGACACUCAUUCUCAGCAGAUCUUCUGCUGCGCCUUUAUCCACAGCACACUCCUGUUUUCAGGCAUUUCCAGAAGAGAAACAGGUCCACAGAGCUGACUUCUAAUUCCUCCACAACACCCGAUUCCAUUGGCUGCAGGAAGUGGGUGUCGGAUGAAUGUCUUCCAAGAGAAAGAACCCAGAGUUGUUCUGGUAUUGACUUUUCAGGACAGACUCAGUCUUACCAAAGUAAAGUAAGUUCCUUUGAAAGUGUCAGACAGUUUGCGAAAGAGGAACCCAAAACUCAGCCUUGCAGAGAGUGCCCGGAACGAAAACCUUUGCUGACCAACCGAGACUUGUCUUUUAAGAACAGAUCAUAUCAGACUCCACCAUUUAGACUGAAGUUACCACAUAGAACUACUUUGGAGCCCAAUAACAAAGAAAACACACAAGAAGGUACCACGAACAACCACAUAUUGCAGAAUGCCUCUUCCACAAAUGUGAGAACCCUGUCCCCCGUAGUUAACAAAGGACUAGAAACCAUCAGCAAAGCUAUCUCUCAUUCUGUGGGACCUAGCAUAAAAUCAGCAUUGUCCAAACUGUUCAGAAAACCAUCUGAUGGUGCUAAAGGAGGACGAGGAUCCAAAUCUUUGGGGAGGAUAGCAAGUAAAUUUCACUGGAAACAAAAAAGAGACAAGAGCCUAAAUGAUACAAAGAAGAUUCUAAGCAAAUUACCCAUUAAAACCACCGUCUCAUGUGGGGACCUUGAUCAAAAGAUUCCAUGUGAUGUCAUUCGGCAGAGACGGUGGCAUAGUACAGAGGCUCUAAUGAACAAGACCAGCAGGUGGGUUAAUAAGCAGCAAGGAUUGGUCAGAUGGGAAGAAGACGAUGGAGAAGAGGAGGCAGAGAAUAAUGUAGUAACAUCAGACUGUGAUAGCAUUUUUUCUCUUGACUCCCUAUCCUCUGCUUAUGCCACAGUGCUGGCAGAGCAGCUGAGACAUGAGGAAGCAGCUCAGAGUGAUGCAGAGAGUGAAGACAGUCAGAUGAGUAAAGACUCACUGGCUGUGGAGAGCUCUUCUGAGAAGACACUUAGCCAGACCGUGGUACCGGUGUCUUCACUUGUAAAAGACUCUUCCCAUUCAUCUGCAGUAAAUACUAGGUUUGCAGGUAUCAGCCCUGUUUUAGAAUGGGACAGCUGUAAGAAACCUCUCUCAGUCUCAGCAGAGGAAUAUUGGAGCCAGCUUGGGUCCUCAAAAUCCAAACUGAUUAAAGACGGUGCCAGAAGGAAUCCAACUUCCUACAAUCCAUUUGCAACAGAUUCCAGAGGUAGAGACGGCACACACAAGGCCAGUUUGACGUGCAGACCGUCCUCUGUUAGCAGCCGUAGCACACAAGAACCAGAAAACUCACUGGCGCUCACUAAUGACUGGUCUUCCAUUGACAUAGCAGAUAGUCUCAGGGAUUCUGCACCUUUGAAAAGAGCAGCAGUGUUCUCAGGUGGAGAGAAUAGCAGCAGCAGCUGUCCAAGUCCAGUCACUAUGAUCCAAUCAGAAUCUCAGAGCAGAUCUAGUGUGUAUAGCUCUACAGCCACCAGCACUCACUGUGUAAAUGUGACAGUGCAGGGACAGAGCCUCAAGACUUCAAAAGGUCAAGAUCUUCAGAUUCUAAUGCUGCCAGAAGACUCUCUGUCAUAUAAUCAGAAUAAUAUAAGGUGUUGUGUAGAGCAAGUAGUUGGGCAGUCGGAAACUGUGAGGACACUUAAAGAUACUCCAGAGCACAACACUGACAUGUGUUCAACAUCUUCACUCAUUUCAAGUCAAACAGCUUCUAUGUCAUCCACUGAGAUUCACAACAUCAAGCAAACAACUUCAGAAUCACUUCAGGUGUUUGGAGGUGUGUCUGAUAUGGCAGCUGCUGACACUACUCUGUCCUCUGACACCGAAAUGUCUUCCCCAUCAAUAACGCGUUUAUCGACAAUCCACAACAAACCACUGACUACCCAAGUUCAAGAACUGAAGAAGCCUAACAACACUGAAGAUGCUUUCAAAGCAUCCACAAAGGAAAGUUCUCUAUGCAACCUAAAUAAUGCAACACAGAUGUCGAAAGCUAUACAGAACUGUAAGUUUGAGGUUACCAAAGACAUAUCUUGUAGAAGAGUGAAGACCAAUGAAACCAAAGGCAGUGAAGAGUACGUCGCAGUACAGCAGGAACUUGUUAAGUCUUCUUGUAAAAAUUCCAGAAAGCGGAACAAAGAGCAGCAGGAUGACUUCAUUGGCAGCUUGAAAAUUCCAAAAAGGAGUAAAGAUUUGUUAUCCUGCAAUGCGUCAGGUGGAAGCCAGGAAAAUAGUUUGCCUGAUGACAAAAAUAACAAAUGUGACUCGAAAUGGGAGGUUGCUAUGGAGGGUGACAGCCACAGAUUUGAUUCUGUUUGUGCCAGUGGCAAUGUAAAAGAAGAUACAGUGGCAGGGAUAACACUGCCAAUUUCUGAUUUUGUGUGCAAGAAACGUGGACAGAUUUGUCAGAUCUUAGAAGACUCUGAAUGCGAGCUUAAAAGUGGUUACAUCUGUUGUCAGGAUGAUACGUCUGUGGGAGGGAAGAAAGAAACUGAACAAAAAGCUGCAAGAAGAAAAGAUGUAGUUGUAGAAUAUUGUCAGAGUGUGAACCACACGGAGAACAAAUGCAUUUCCCGGUGCAAUGAUACAUGUAGUGCCAUCGACUUGAGAAUUUCAGAAGUGGUGAAAGACCACACAAACGUAUCACUGAGGGGAGGAGACAAUGAGAUGAAGAGCAGGAGUCAAAGCCAGAGUACACUGGCGUCAAACAAACAAAAUAUCUCAUCUGUGUGCUAUUUUAGUUGUACUGAUGACAGCGCAGAACACAAACUGAAAAGAAAACAAAGUGAUUCAAUAAAAGGAGAAGUAACCCUCAGUGUACAUCCUUCAAUGCACGGGGUUACAAGUGGCAACUCAUUGUGCAGAAGUCUUCAUGCGCCAUUAAACAUACCAGAAAUAAGCAGCAGCCAUGAGAACAUUUUGUAUAACUCAACUGAAAUAACACAGAAAAUCAACCAGGACUUGACCAUCAUCAAUUUUUUUGAUAAGUUAUUAAACAAACCUACAAACAGUCACGUUCCUCAAAAGUCCUUGAACAAAGAUAUCCAAACAAAUGUGACGUUAAAUAGGCGUGGACAAUCUGAAGACACCCCUGCUGUUGAACCAAAUAGCUUGUCGUGUAAAGGGAGUCCUUCAGAGAAAGAUGAUUUAUUUAAACAAAUGAAUGAGGAAUUUAAACAAAGAUUAAUAUGCCAUCUUAAUCCUUCCAGCCCAGAUACUUGCUCGAAUGGGAGCUGCUCUAAUGCCCCUGCUUUUAAUCCUGUUUGCGAACACCUUUCCCAAAUCCCCCAGAACAUACCUGCCAUCAGCAGUGACACAAAAGUAAAUACAGUGUCCAAUUAUGUAAAAGGUGUCAAUAUGGAAGCCACGCCCAAUUUUGAAGAUGAGGAUCUUUCUUCCAAACAAAACUCAUCAAACACAAUUUCAAUUUUUUUUCAGUGUAGCCCUCAAAUAUCUGAAGACAUGAAAUCAGCCAUCAGUCAGUUCAACAUUGAUGUCACUCCUGGACACGAUGGAAGGAGUGAAAUGGGAAUCAUUAUGUCAACACCCAAACCUUGUACCACAGGACAAGAUCAGUGCAGGAUGAAGAGUCAGCAGACCCAUUCAGAUCAGUCAGCUCAGACCUGUGCCAUCAGUAUGAGUUGCGGCAAAUGCCCAGUUCCAAUCAGUUCACAAUGCAAAUUCCAUAAGUACAGUCAAACUGACAACAAGUUUAGAAACAUAUGUUACUCUGGGACAUUGAUCAAUCAAUCGUCUGGUAUUUCUGGUUCUGUGCAACCUCUCCAUGAAGUACAACGUGAAACUUCUGGCACAGAUGUGAAAUGUCCAUCCAACGAGUAUGACAUGAACACAUUUCAUUUUAAAGAUGAUAAUUCUGCUCAUUUGCUUAAAAAGGGGAAGUCUAAGAGGUUAAAAAGGUCUAAGAUCCAGAUUUGUCCUACCUCUUCCUCUGACUGCUCUUAUUCUGAUGAGGAGGAGGAUUUAACCAGCAGAGUGCACUGCAGCAGGCCAUCAUCUGCAUGGCUAAAUCUUGGAACGCAGACUAAUGGCAAACAAGAUGUCAAACAGUCUAGAAGCGAUGAUGCAGAUGUUUCCACUUCAAGUUCAGCUGGCAAAUAUAAACUGGAGACUUGCUGCUCUGAAUUCUCAGGUAAAAAUGUGGAACUGGGUAGCGUUAUCAAAGAUUACAGCCACAGAAGACACUCUUUAUCUCCUCAAACAAUGUCAGAAAAGGCAACUAAGCCAAAAAUGACUUCAUGUUCUAGGAAAAGUGAUCCACCACAAAUGCACAAGUGUCAGGACUCCGGUAUCCAUUUCGCCUCAAGUGACAUCAACCCUUUUGUUCGCCAGCGGCAAGGUGAUGACACAAAUCAGCAUUGCCAUAAAAACCCCUUAUUUGGAAGUGCGACUGAUCUAUCCUGUAAAUCUCCACUUUUAAACAGCACUGACAAGCAAAUGACAAGAUGUUGUAGCGUUGACAACGGUUUGAACAACCAGAACAUUCCUUUCAAUUCCCAUCUCAGUACGUAUGCCAACAACAAGGGCCUCUCCAGUACCCUUAGCAGUAUCGAGGAUUAUAAAGAAUGGGUGACUGCCAGAUGUCAGCAGAUGACCUUUGUUCACAGCCAUCGAGCAGAUCUGACUGUGAAGAGCAAUGGUGUUUCUGGCAAUACCUCCAGUCAGGCAGAUGAAAUCAUGUUGGUUUGCUCAUCUGAACAAGAGUGUGAGGCAAGCAAAAAACAAACCCAAAACAGAAGGAAAUGUGAACUUGGAACACAAACCGAAAGUGGCCAGCAGACAAAUCUUGUUGUUAAUGUGAACAAUCGUAGUGUUCUGAAGAGGAAUGAUCACCACAAAAGGAGCAGCAGCACACAAGGGCCUGACACACAGAAGAAUAAAGUGAACAUUAAAGAAUCUCCCACAUGGGCUAGUUUGGAAAGCAUGUCCGCUCACCUUUCCAAGCUCAUUGACAGCACUUCUGACCUGCUGGGGGAUGUCCAGGGAAUGAGAACAGGCAAGGUCUUAAAGCCUGGUCCAGGGAGGAAUGUGAGCUUGUCAAACAUUAGCGUUUCUUAUCGCGAAUCAAAAGAGGAGUCUCAGAGGGACUGCUCAACUCAAACAGCGGUAGAUGUUGGCAUCCAGACAGAAAGGCCUUCAGCACCAACACAGGAGGUCACUGUUCAUCAAACAGCUCACAGCGAAAGGUUACAGACUCACAAAGUCAACGUGAUAGUCAAAGUAAUUGGUUCUGAGGUUGUCAGUGUAACUAAAGACAAGAUUGCGUAUUGUACGGAGAAAAGUACAGCUAUCUUAGAUGAAAACUUACCAAGCACACCUGACCUGCAGCUUAACAUUUCUCCCCUGACAGAGAGGUCUUCCCUCCAAUCAGAGAGUUGCUGUCUCCAAACAGGUGCUGUGAAGACAGCAGCUGAAUGUCAGAAACGCGUAAGAGCCGUUUGUUCUCAAAGCUCAAAGGAAAGCCUGCCCGAGGCACUGUGGCACAAAGGUGUUGCGAUAUCUGAACUCACUCACAGAUCAUCAGAAAGUGGCUACCAGGAAAAGUGCACCCCAUUUAAAAUAAAUGACCCAUCGACUUGUUCAAAGAAACAAGCAAUAUACACAGACCGUGCAUCAUCUCCCAUUCUCACGGUCGCAACAAGAGCACAAGUUAAGCAAAAGGGAAUGCAAUCCACAGCCUGUCCUCCAAACUAUCAGGAUUUAAAUAAGGACAAUGUUUGUGCACCCUCUGGAAAACAAUCUGCGACCAAAUGCAUUUCAGACCAAAUGCAAAGACCGGAUUGUGCUGUUUUUCCAGCUGAUUCCACAUCACUUGUGAAGGUGAGUGAAGAAGUGAGUUGUUCCAGUUCUAAAGGAUCUGAUUGUUGCUCUACAAGAUUAAGUUCAUCACUGGAUGAAUAUGCACACAGUAACAGGAGGCAUGUUCCCUGUGAAAACAAACCCCGCCCCUCUUCCAAAUUUCAGGUGACUUCUCUGCAGAAUCAUCAGUUAGAUAGUUCCGCUUGUCCAAAUUGUUUGAAUGCACAGAACCCCACCUCUCUGACAAUUAAACGUGGUGAUUCAUGCAAACAUCUGGCUAAGCCUUUACAUGGCGAAAUACCAGGUCACGCAGCUCAACUAAUGGUGUAUCAACAAAGUAGUACAGUUGAUACUUUAGAGUAUUGUGUUGAUGCAUACAACCCAUCUGUGGUCAGUGACAGGACUGUUCUCGUUCACAAGGAUGACGCUGUGCCACUGGCACCCAGCGAGUGUGACACAGAUGUCCUCGUGAACAUCAAACCUGUUGCUGAUGUGCCCCAAAACAAAGACCGCCAAAGAGUCCCAGAGGACCUGCCAAUGCACAACAAGUUCAGCAAUUGGUCCGGUAUCACUCAGCAACCAUCAGUGCACUGUAGUUUCUGCAACAAGCUGCCCGCUUAUCUCUCCAAUAACCGCAACAAGAGUCGAAACUGCGCAGAGUGGGAGGAGGUGGAGAGUUGGGGAUCGUAUGUGGAGUCGGUGGCGAAGAGCGACAGAAGAGCAAGAGCGAUAGAGAAGCUGCGGCGAGAGCGAGAACAGGUGAUGGCCACAGUCAGCCUCAGCAUGAACUCAACGCCACUGACUGUGGAGCUGACGGAGGCGAAGCUACACUACACCCUGGGAGAGACGGAUACGCUGCUAAAGAUUAUGUCCCCGAAGGCCAAAGAAGAGUCUGAGCCACCAACCUCUGUUCCUACCAAACAGCAACUGUACGACAGACACCGCAGGAGUAUUGAGGGUUUAAGGCAGGAGAGGGAGGAACGUCUUCAGUCUUGUCGGAGAGCUCGUAGUCUGAGUCCCAGAAGACAUCCGUGCAGCUCUCCUCAGGAGACCGUUCCCUCUUCCAAGGUGUCUGCUGUGCCUAACCGGCAUAAGGAGCACAUCCAGCAGCUACACCAAGCAGUGGUAGACAACACCAGCAGGAAAGCAGAGCCUUCAAGAGCAGGUGAUCAGUACCCGUCUGAUAUUGAGCUGCUGUUACGUGACUAUGGGCGGGCCCGUGAAGAAGCCAGGACAGAGAUCGCAAAGGCCCGGGAACGACUGCGAGAGAGGACGGAGCAGGAGAAGAGGAGGCUUCAGCAGCAGGCCCUGGCUCAGGAAGUUAAGGAUGAUCUGAGGCACUGGACGAGAAUCAGCAGCAGCACGUUGUGCACAGGAUCCAGCCUGAGCCUUUCCUCUGGGCCAACUUCAGGGUACAACAGUGGCAACACGGCACAAAUGCAACCCAGUAACAGACCAAGUCUCACGGGGCAGAAUACAGGGUUCCAGGAUGAUGGGCUGAAGGACAGGACACUUCCUUCUGUAUGUGGUUCUCAGAGCAUUAAUAUGCAGAGAGCCUCGUUGUGUGCCCAGGAUGUCCAGCUUGAACUUCCUGUAACAGGAUUUGAGCCCUUGAUGACCUCAUCUCCAUCAUCCCCCAAUUUACGUGGGCGCACCGCCUCCAUUGGCUCCUCCUCUUCUAUAGCCACAGCCUGUCACAACACUACAUCCGCUCUCCUCGGUCAAGCGCUGGGUGAGGUGCAACUUGCUUCCUCUGGUGAUUUGAGCAACUUGGUAAUGGGCAAAGCCACAGCAGGCUGGAGGUAUCAGGGAGAAGAACGAGGUAUUCAAGCAUACUAUAAGUCCUCUUCCAGCCCGUCUGUGCACGCGUUUCUUGGGGCCGGGGAGCUGGACAGACCUUUGGACUGCCUGUGGACCUUGCUCAGCCAAAUGUCCAAGAUCUACAUGUACCACCCAUCAGUCCGUUCUGUCUGGACACGACCACUAGAUGACAGCACUCAGCUGGUCUACAUAUUAACAGACCCAUCCGCCUGCCACCUCAGCCAACCUCGUGACUUCUGCUGCAUCAGCGCUGAGUCCAAACAGGGUGGUCUAUGUGUGUUGGCGAUGCAAUCUGCGUUUGAGGAGUCUUUGCCUCGUCCCAGCGUCGAUGCUGUCCGAGGUGAGAUGAUGCCCAGUUGCUGGGUCCUUCAGCCCAUUCAACAUGGUGGCCGGGAAGUCACCAGGGUCAUCUACCUGCUGCAGGUGGACUUUGGAGCUCCAUCGUUUCCUCCCCGCCUGUUAAACACUGUUGCUCGGAGACAGGCAGCUGUCAUCGCUGAUCUCAACGUUUUCCUCAGUUCGUAAAUCCACAGGACGCACACGCAUGAGCCGUGAAAACGUCAACAGUCUCCAGUAUUCUGUUUUUUUUUUUUUAAUUUGCACCAAAAUAAUAAUUACUUGAUUUUUGAUUCACAGAACACUGCUAUAUUGAUAUCUAAUUUUUUUAAAAGGUGAAACAGCUUUUUUUUUUCGUUUUGUGUGUAUGUGUGGGGGUAUUUUUUUAUGUAUUGAAAAUUUAUUUUUGUAUUUGUAGCUCUAUAUAUAUGGGUGCUUUUCUAACAUUGUGAGCCUGUUUUUUUUUUUACCAAAGAAUCAUUGGAAGUGUAACAUUGUAGAUGGUCAAAAUAGCUUAUUCAUUUAUUAGAUGCAUAUUCUUAAUAAUUACAUUCAACUGAUAUGUACCAGCUCCAUUACACAGUUGUAUUUGUUCAGGUGAGGCAGGAGAAGAAUAAGCAGUCAUCUGAAUUGUUUUAGUGGGCUAAAUAUGAAGUUUUAGUCAAGUAAAUUUGUAGAUUGUUUUUAGGCAAGACUUUUACUGUAUUUUCCAGAGUAUAAGUAGCACCUGUUAAAAAAUGCCUCUUGAAGAGCAAAAACCCAUAUAUAAGCCACACCAGCAUAUAAGACACACUGGAGUAUAAAUCGCACGUUUUUUUGUUACUAUCAGCUUGUUCAUUUAGCAUUUUUGUGCACUGCUGUAGUGUACUUCUUAUUAUUGGCCUUUAUUGUUGGAGUUUAUUUUGUUUAAUGCUUUGAUUCUUGUGAAAGUUCCAUAGAAAAAGUUACAAUAAGUAUUAUUAUUAUUAUUAUUAUUAUUAUGAGUAUGAAAUGCAUGUUUUUUUUAGUAUAUACGCUGCACCUGAGUAUUAGUCACAAGGCCUCCAAAACUAGUAAAAAAAAAAAAAACAACUUGAUUUAUACUCUGGAAAAUAUGGUACUAAAUAUGUUGUCAAAGUUAACACUGGUGAAGGCAAAUCUUACACAGGCCCUGAGGCCCAUUGGUGCUGGUACUUUUACCAAAAUAUUGUAGCAUGAGGCUGGCCAAGAUGCCAGUCCAUUGAAGGUUACUUCCACAGCUAAGGACAGUACAACUGGGAGGACUAAAACAAUGCAGCUUAAAUGUCUUGUCCAAAGACAUCGAAGACAGGUAAAGUGAGUUAGAGUUGAAGCCAGGGUUAACAUUAUUGGUAGUGUAACUUGUACUCCAUUGGGCUACCUGUUCUAUGGAAGUCAAAAAUGAAUUCUCAACUACAUAAUCCAUCAUUUCUUCUACUUCAUUUUACAGUCUGCCUGAGAUUAAUACCAGAAGGAGCAUCAUUUUGUGUUAGCUCAGUAUCAUGUAGAACUUCAAAAUGCUAAACUGGUUCGUCGAUAAAGGGAACCGGUCAUAAAUGACAAUAAAAUCACAGUUGGAAGAUUGAGGCACUUGUCUUGAUGGAUGCCCAAACUCCAAGGAACUGUUGUGUCUUUAGCCCUCACCUGUGAUUGGGAUGUGUUCAGUUCCCCAUUAAUUCCAUAUUUUGCACUCUUGAAUGUAUCUACUUGUGCAGGAAAAA